AUGAGUGGGGGUUGGGAAUGGGCAGGAGCCUCCGGGUGCCUGGCCCAGGCCAGGUAGUCCAAAGACACUGUUGUCCCCUGCAGAGCCCUCUGUGCCUACGUGGUACACAGGAACGUGACCUGCAUCGUGCAGGAGAGAGCAGAGAGCUACGUAAAGGCUGAGUAUCGGCAGUGUGGGUGGAGCCCCAAGUGCCCUGGGACAGUCACGUACCGCACGGUGCUCAGACCCAAAUACAAGGUUGGCUACAAGACAGUAACAGACCUCGCCUGGCGUUGCUGCCCUGGCCUCACUGGAGAAGGCUGCCCAGAGCACCUUACUGACCAUGGGGCUGCCCCACCCCAAGCAGAGCCCCCACCCCAGGUUCCCUCCGGGCAGCUGAGCCCAGGCUCCAAGUCUCCUCCAUACAGCAGCGUGGCCCCCAGCCCCCCUGGAAGGAAAGAGCCAGGGCUGUUUGGCGAGCGACUGGAGCGGCUGGAAGGGGACAUCCAGCGGCUGGCACAAGCGUACAGCACCCUCAGUGGCAUGGUGGCCAGCCACGAGGACCCCAACAGGAUGACAGGAGGCCCGAGAGCCCCUGCCACCCCCAUGGGCUUCGGGGUUGUCCCUGAGGGCUUUGCGGGCCCAGGAGGCCAAGCCAGAGGGCUGCCUCCACCUGCACUGGAUGAGAUGCUGAGCAAGAUGACUGAGGUUAGUGACAAGCUGAGGGCCAAGAUGCAGCUGCUGGAUGAGGUGCACGGGCUGGCCCUGGGCCACGAGGCGCACCUCCAGCGGCUGCGGGAGGCCCCACCAUCACCGCUCACCUCGCUGGCCCUGCUGGAGGAGUACGUGGACCGCCGGCUGCAGCGCCUCUGGGGUAGCUUGCUGGACGGCUUCGAGCAGAAGCUGCGAGGUGUCCAGAGUGAGUGUGACCUGCGGGUGCAGGAGGUACGGCAGCAGUGGGAGGAGGGCCAGGCGGCCAGCCAGAGGAUGCACCAGAGCCUAGAUGGACGGGAGCUGGCCCUGCGCCGGGAGCUCACCCAGCUGGGCACUCGGCUGCAGGGCCUGAGUGUGGCUGGCGGGGGCAGCUGCUGUGGGCAGCUGGCCCUCAUCAGCGCCCGUGUGGACAGCGUUGAGCGGAACCUCCAGGUGAUCACUGAGGCCCAAAGGGGUCUCGGCCCCCCAUCUGGGGGCGAGCUCAAGCGGCUCUCAGCUGCCAUGCUGGAUGGGCGGCUUGAAGGCUUGGAGACUCUCAACGGGUCGGAGAGUGGUGUGAGGGGCUGCUGCCCCGGGGUGGAGGAUGGGGUGUGGGGUGUGGACGGGUUUGGAACCGAGUUGGAAGAGCGGGUACAGAGCCUGGAGGAACGAAUGUUAGUGCUGGCUGGGGAACCCAGUCGGGACAGCACCCUGCCGGGCCGGGCCACCCUGCCCCUGCCGCAGACGGAGCUGGCCGUGUUGGAACAGCGACUCGUGUCGCUGGAGGCCUCGUGCGCCCCCAGCCCCACCUCGGCCGGCCUGGACAGCCUCGUGGAGGAGGUGAAGGCCUGGCGGAGCCACAGCGAGGCCCUCCUGCACCAGGUGGCUGGCCAUUCGGCCCUGCUCCACCAGCUCAAUGGCUCUGUGGCCCAGGUCCAAGGCCAGCUGGCGGAAGCUACAGGCAGCUCCAUCCAAGGUGAGAUCACCUUGCUCAAGGUCAAUCUGAACUCGGUGAGCAAGUCACUCACCGGCCUUAGCGACUCCGUCAGUGAGUAUUCCGAAGCCUUCUCGGCUGCCAACACGUCGUUGGACGCUCGGGAACGCAAGGUGGAGGCCGAGGUCCAGGCCAUCCAGGGGCAAGUGAGCAGCCAGGGCUCGCGGCUGCGCUCCGGCCACAGGCAGGUCCUGAGCCUGCAGGGGGAGCUGGAGCGCCUCAAGGCUGGCGUGGCCAGUGUGGCCGGUGGGCUGAGCCGCUGCCAGGACACCGCCCAGGAGCUCCAGCACGCAGUGGGCCGUUUUGACCAGAGGGUGGCGCAAGUGGAGGGUGCGUGCGGGCGGCUGGGCCUGCUGACUGCGGGCCUAGACCGCCUGUCCACUGAGCCGCUGCAACCCAGGGCGGGCCUGUGGGACCACGUGGAGCAGCUAAACCGCACCCUAGCCCAACACACGCAGGACAUUGCCCGCCUCCAGGAUGACCUGCUGGACUGCCAGGCCCAGCUGGCUGAGCAGGCACGGCCAGGACCAGGCAACUAAGUGGGCGGCCAGGACCCACCACCCAGAGCCCAUCAGCCUUGCACAGCCACCCCCAGCGUGGGGCUGCCAUGUCAGGCCACAGGAUGAAUGGGCGUGGCCUAGCAUCGCCGGAUGACCCCAGCCCCCCAACUCCCCACUUGGCACUGCACAAACUGGACGGUGUGGACGAGCGGUAGGGGCGUGAACGUUGUGGCUGAGAACUAGAACAGGCUCGGGAGACCUCAACCCCACGGGUUGCAAUUACGUGUCUACGGACACUCCUGAGCCCAGAAGCUCUGCCAACACUGGCUCCCCAUGGUGGCUCUGGUGUCGCUCAGGCAGGAGCCCAGUUCCAGGCUGUUCCUCUGGGCCCCACACUUGCUCUUCCUCCCUUCUCCCCUUGGCCUCAUCCCUAACCAUCCCUGACGGUCCAAGGGGGCAGGGCUUGCCCAGAAGGCGAUAGUCCUGGGGCUGUCGUCACACACAGCAGCUUCAGAGCUGCCGA